UCUCGUGGCCGGUGCGCGUCAGUCACUCACGUUGGUGACUCAAAACGAACCGCUAUACAUUUUUUAUUCCGAUUUUUCAUAGUGAAGUUCAGUUGGUGAUUACCAUUUUGGUGUGCCGCGGAUUUGUGUGAUAAGACACUGAUGUUAUUUCAUACGGAAUCGAUGUUGUGAAAGCCCUAAUUAUAUCAAUUUUUAUUCACGAACCAAAUGCAAGUAAAAUGAAGGAUCUUGGUCUAAAGAUACCCAAGUUACCGACGCGGAAUGUGCUUACGGGCGCCGUCGUCAACUGGGAUGACGAUGAGAUGGCCGGCCUGGGCGACACGCCGGAGAACCUCACGCUGGCGUGGAAGGACCUCUCGGUGUAUAGGAAGAAGAAGCAUCAGACGAGUAUUUGGAGAUCGCCGACGUAUGAAGAGGUUAAGGUGCUGCAUGGAGUGAGCGGAGUGGUGUCUUCCGGCAACUUGGUGGCUUUAAUGGGUUCAAGUGGAGCCGGCAAGACCACGUUACUAGCGGCUAUAAGCCGUCGAGACAAGAGCGCAACGACCGGCUACUUGAUGCUGAACGGGCGUCUCGCGGGCGCGGACCUCAUCGCGAGGAUCUCGGGCUUCGUGCCGCAGGAGGACCUGUCCAUCGAGGACCUGACUGUCGCUGAACAUAUGGAGUUCAUGGCACGCAUGAUGAUGGACAAACGCUCAACAGCAGUCACACGGCAGCGGCGCGUCACACAGCUUCUGGGUGAACUCGGCAUUUCCACCUGCACCAGGACCAAGCUGAAGGCAUUGUCGGGGGGCGAGAGGAAGCGAGUCGCUUUGGCUGUUCAGCUACUAAACGACCCGCCAAUUCUCUUCUGCGACGAGCCAACAACCGGUCUGGACAGUUCUGCAGCCAACUCUGUGGUCUCCCGCCUCCGCCGUCUGGCGAUCGGCGGGAAGCUGGUGAUAUGUUCUGUGCACCAGCCGGCGUCUGGUGUCUUCGAGCUCUUCCAUCAGGUGGUGUUACUGUCUAACGGCAGGAUAGCCUUCCAUGGGACUAUAGAACAGGCAGACCAGUUUUUCGCGUCGCUGAACUACAAAUGCCCAGUGGGUUUCAACGCGGCAGAAUACUACGUGUCCCUACUAGGAGUACAGACGGACAAGGAGAUGGAAAGCCACGAGAGGAUCCGUAGAAUCUGCAACGAGUACCAGCGGUCUGAUAUAGCAGCGGCUAUUGAGAGCAGGGUGGGCGAUGUUAAGGAUGAACUGGAAUAUUUUAACGGGAAUUCUGAUGAAAAGAAUUUAUACUUCGAGCGGUACCUAACUCUAGUCAAAGUAAACUAUUUCGUCCAAUUCUACUGGUUGUUAUGGAGAAAUAUUAUAUGCAUAAAGCACAACAAAUCUAUAUACAUAGCUGAAUUUUUGCUUCUAAUGUUCGUGGGGCUCAUUAUAUCGAUACCCUACAUGGGCCACUUCACGGAACUCGACCAGCGGGACAUACAGAACGCGGAGGGUCUGCUAUACCUCACGAUAACGGAGACGAUAUUCCUCUUCAUAUAUGCGGUAUUCAUCACGUUUCCACAAGAAGUACCUAUACUGUUGAGGGAAACCGCUAGUGGACUGUACGCCCCGCUCCCGUAUUAUGUAUCGAAAAUGAUAUUUUGGAUUCCUCGAGCCGUAGUAGAACCUAUAUGCUUCGUGAGCCUGGUGUUCCUUAUAGCUGGUCUGCAAGGCGGCUUCACCAACUGGAUUGGAUUCUGUUUCGUUUGCGUACUCUGCGCGAACUACGCGAACGCUUACGGUUCAUUCCUAUCCGCCACGUUCGACAAACUGGAAACCGCCGCUCUCUUCGCGGUCCCUUUCGACCUGGUGGGUAUCAUGUUCUCCGGCAUCUACCUCAACCUGACCAGCGUCAGCAAGUACCUGUCCUGGGUACAUUACUUCUCCUGCUUCUACUAUGGCACAGAAUCAGUAUCUAUCCUACAAUGGAACUCCAUCACCGAAAUAAAAUGCGUUAACGUCCCCGGUAUACCCUGUAUUAAGACAGGCUCAGAGGUGUUGAAGCGAUUCGGCUUUUCCGAAGAACACUUUUGGAGAAACAGCGUGUGUUUAGGCAUUAUGUACCUCACUUGUCACAUUAUAGCCUUUAUAAUGGUCAUCAGGAGAAGCAGAGGCACGCCCGUCUAUUGAUUAUUAUUUAUUUUUGUAUAAAAGUUUAUUAAUACGCGAACGGGUCAGUGAACAGUUUAACCAAUUAUGUAUACAAUUAUUUAUUAUAUUUGUAAUUAAUAUACAUAGUGAAUAAAAUAAAUGACAUAAUUAUCGAAUUAAAAUUUAAUCCGCGUCGUGCCUUCAAAAUAUCUGGUAACUUUUUGCUUAAAAAUUACGUUAUGAUUAUUUUGAAUUAAAUAAUUAUGUUAUUAUAACAUUACAGACGCCAGUAAUAUAGUAGAAUAAGUACCAUUAUAAUUAAACUAACUGUUCGCACUGUAAAUUCUAGUUAGAAAUAAUGACAAUGCAACAAAAUCAUCUAAGUAAUACGAUUUGUUAGUUCGUAGGCAAAAUAAAUAAUAUGGUUGAGGUUAGAAAUAAUUAUUUUCUUUUUUACACUUAUGUACAAAAUGUGUCAUAAUUUCCAUAUCUAUAAAUAAUGAUACUCAAUUUCUAUGUGAUUUUCUAUACUAUUUUAUAUUGUAUUUAUACUUUUAUAAAUAAAAAACUGUUUCAGUA